CUCAGUUACAUUAUUAGUACUUUCACCAACACUAAGCACCAAGAUUCAAAUCGAUUGACCGGUGAUGGUGCUGAGAUAUGGUAUUUCUUCUUUUUUAUUGUCGUUUUUUCCCUCAAGUUGAAUACAGAGUUGUUGCAAAGGGAUUUGAGACAGUUUGAUUAUGGAGAAUUGAAUGGAAACCCUAAUUUUAUAUUCGCCGUCAUAACACUGUCAUCACCACCGAUAAAAAGAAAAACACUGUCAUCACCAAGUCACUGAAACGAAAAUUCCUGAUGAUUUCACGGGUUUUCCUUUUCAAGAUUUCUUGAGAUCUUAUGGUAACUUCCUUUGUUGAGACGUUUAUAAUCAGGCAUCUUUGGCUCACGAAAUAUCUAAAUGUCAUUUUGAUAUAAUUUCACCUUUAUGUUCUUAAUCGGCUACCUACAAUUGUGACUUUGCAGUGCAAAAGCGUGCGUCGUUGGAAAAGGUGUUUAUAAGAUGGUCUCAUGAGUACGUGCUGGGCGCAUAAAGCUGCAUGUGUACCUGAUGUGCUUCGAACAAGGUGGCGCAACUGCCCCAGUACCUGCCUGCCGUGUAACUGCCAGUUUUGCUUCGAACAAGGUGCUGCUGUGGCAUACUGCUCCUGCUGCGAACCUGUUGUUGGUGCGAACAAGCUGAUGUUGCUGGGAGAAUGUGGAUUGCUGCGGUACCUGCUGCCGAGAAAGCAAAGCAUUGUUGUUGCUGCUGCUGCUCCGCAUACUGCUGAUGCUAGCUUUUGCUGUGAUGUUCCUGAUGCUACCUGUUGCUGCUCACUUGGUUCUAUUUAUUAUUCUUCUUGACCACCCAAAAUAUUUCGCCCUUUUACUUCUCUCUGCCCUUUUGAUUUAUUUGUUUUCCUUAUAUUGUAUGAUUACCUUAACUAUAAGGGUUCUGUGCACAAAAGCCUUAGGGCCUGUUUGGUAGUGUUUUUCAAAACAGUUUUCACUUUUCAAAAACAGGGAAAACAGAAAACGAUGGGAAAACGUGUUUGGUAGCAGUUUUUCUAAAAACGUUUUUUACCCGUUUUUUGUUUUUGAAAACACCUAAAACGAAAACAACAUUUCAUCGUUUUCAUCGUUUUCAUUUUUUUCCUUCUUCUCCUUCAGAAACGAGCAGUUCCCAAAGGAGAUGGGUUGAUUGAUUUGGUAUCAAGUUCUAGGGUUUGCAGCACUUUUUAGGUUCAUCGUUUGGUGGUUAAUAGGGAUCCUAAAUACACAAAUUUCAUCGAGGUUAGUACUUGGUAGUUCUUCUGCUUUUAUUUAUUUACAUAGUUUAGUUUAUUAACAACUAGUUUAUUAACUAAAACUAGGGAUCCUUACUGGAUAUUGUUAUUACAAUUCUUUUUUUUUCUUACGUAAGUACCAUGUGGUGGACUCCACUGAAUUUUUCUUUAAGUUUUAUACAGUAUGUAUUCUGUAGAAAAAAAGAUGGCUUCUCUAUCAAGUGAUGAUAAUGUAGAUGAUAUCCGCACAUGGCCACAGUAUAUUGUGGAUUACUUUGUUCAAUUGGUUCAUGAUGAAGCCAAAAAUGGGUUACAAACCACUACAUUGGAGAAGAAGAAAUGGGGAGAAAUAGAUAAUGCUCUCUUUGCUAAGUUUGGUAAGAGAUACAGCAUUCCUAAGUUGAAAGCUAAAUUCAAUCGACUACGUAUAGAGCAUAGGGAAUUUGCAAGGUUAGUGAGUGAUACCGGUAUGGGUUGGGAUCCAGUUGCAAACACUGUCACUGCAAGUGAUGAUGCUUGGAAGCGUUACUUGAAGAAAUAUCCUGGUGCAAAAUCCUUCCGUAAAAAGGGGUUAGACAAUUAUUAUAUGCUUGGGGAGAUAUUUAAUAGCACAACAGCAUCUGGAAGCAUGUCUAAUGCAUCAACACGGUCUCCUCCUGACUCAGACACCGAAAGAGACUUGGAAACAGAAUUCCUUGGCAAAGGGGUACAUGUAGAACCCGCUAGCUCUGGAGACACGAGUCACCCUUCAUCACACACACAGUCAAACAUACAGCGACGUGCUUUAGAUCUUCCUAUUGAUCUCCCUCAGCGAAAGGCGACUAAAUCAUCAAGGUUUGAUGAUGCACUUGUAGCAUGGACUGAAAAUCUCAAAGUUAAAGCUGAAGUAACAAAAGCGAAGGCUGAACGUAAGAAGGAUAAGGAAGUAACAUCUCCUCUUUGUACCAGCACCGAGAUAUCAUCUAUUGAAGAUUGUAUGGAUAUAUUGGACAACAUGGAAGGAGUGGAAGAUGAUGUAUAUCUCAAAGCCAUUGACAAGUUCAGAAACCCUGACUAUAGGAGAAUUUUUAAGAAAAUGAAAGAAUCAAGGAGAAUUAUGUGGCUUAAGAGUUUGUAAUAUGUUUUUUUUUUU